CGCUACGCUCACGCGGAUCACUUAUGUUCCGUGUUUUAUUCUUGCAAUAGUUGCCUCGCGUCGGUCGCGCGUACCUUGAGAAAAAAUCUCCGAGAGGACGAUGACACACAGCAUCCCGCGAGGUAGCGUCCGAUGGGAUACCCGAACCAGGUGAUACGACGACGCGGCAACGAAGAAACGUUUAGUGAUCAUGUUCACGUUAGCAGAAUAAGGGACACGGGUUAAAUGCCCUUGUUACGCAAGGUGCUGCUGAACCUGAUAAUCCUUGCAUUGUUCUUGGUGGCUUUCUAUUACUAUCAGACAUCUAAUGCUGGACAUUGGGUUGUGCCUAAUCCACGAGUAGGAAAUGCAAGCUUGGCAAAUCUUACACCCGCCUUAGCAGCGGUCAGCUAUACAGCUGACAUUAAUUAUUCAUCCUUGAUAUCUAACAUUCAGCAGCAAAAACGUACAAACUACUACAAUAUCUGGUGUAUUUUCACUAAAGUUACCUCAAACUCGCCCAUGAGACGGAAGUUUCAAAUAUUCACAAACUCCUUGCUCAAGCUGACUUCUGUGGAUGUUGUUUUUCAUGUGAUAAGUGAUGAUAACAGUCAGAAUAUAGCAGCAACUGUCAUUCAAGAUGUUAUGACUGGAACUGGAAAGUUCAUGGAGGUGUUUUAUUACGAUGUACACAAAUUAGCCACUCAAUUAGAGGAUAUUGUGUCGGUUAUGUCCCCACAUUUCAGCAGCAAGCCAGGAACAUACUAUUCCGAUGCAUUAUUUUUUCUCUCGCUGGGUUUACACAGAAUCGCACCCAGCGAUCAGAAGCUCGCCGCGAUGUUCGAUGCAGACACAAAAUUUCACCGAGACGUGAAAGACUUGUUCGAGGAAUUCAACAAUUUCGGUGAGGAAGCUCUGUUCGGUCUUGCACCAGAGCUCACUCCAGUUUACCGCCAUGUUUUGUACUUAUAUCGUAAUAAACACCCAAAUACUUUAUUCGGCGAGCCCCGACAUAAAGGCGGAUACCCUGGCUACAAUAGCGGGAUGGUGCUUUUUAAUUUAGAAAGAUUACGAAAAUCGAAUAUCUAUAAGAAGAUCGUUAGUAAGAAAAAUGUGGAUGCAAUGACAGAAAAGUAUCAUUUUAAGGGCCACUUGGGCGAUCAAGAUUUCUACACGCUUCUAGGUAUGGAAAAACCAGAGCUUAUCUACACAGUCGAUUGUGGAUGGAAUAGGCAACUCUGUACUUGGUGGCGUGAUCGUGGCUACGCGGAUGUAUUCGCGAACUAUUCGGAAUGCCACUCGGAGACCAAGAUGUGGCAUGGAAAUUGCAAUACUCCCAUACCUGAUGAUUAAUAAUCUACGAUUUUUACAGUACGCACUUUGAGAUAUCGAAUAUUUUAUUCUAUAAAAAGGGAGAAAUUCUCCAAUUUAGAUUUAAUGUAAAAAGUGGUGCUAAGAUGUAAGGUAGGAAUCUAUAGACUGAAAAAAAAAGUUAUGAAAUUCUAAACGAGACAUUAUAAGAAAUCUCGUUUGUACGUUAACCGAUAGAUCUAAAUAAUUCUUGUUCCGCCUGAAUUAAUAAUUAGAGAAAAAGAUAGACAAUUUUUUUUCAUUUUUUAGAACUAAACAGUUAAUUAGAGGAGGGAAUCUCGUUAUGGUAGCAUACAAUCAUACAUAAAAAAUGAGACAGAGUAUAAAAAAAUUUGAGUUUUGCUUAUAAGUAUAAACAUUUAACGAAGUGCUCACCUUGUAGUAUUAAUGCCCAUGCAAUGACUUUUCGGGGCUUCGAAAAUUUAUUUUAAUGAUAAUAUUAAAACACGUGUCCCUCUGAAGCUGUGAUGUACCGUUGCGAUAUAUGCAUUUUAAAUCUUCGUAUUUCCUCUUUAGAGGCAAUACAUUUUUAUGUUGGCGAUGUGUCUACUAGUUUUAUAUCACGAACGAUUUCUAGAGGUUUAAUCCAUUAUUGUGCAUAGUAUUUGAGUAUGUUAAGUAAUAUUCUUACUAUAUUGCGAUUAUUAUAUUAAAUUCAUCAAAUGCAGCCUUAUACACGAGAAAACAUAAGCGCAUAUUCGUGUGGAAAAAAAGAAAUAUUCGACUUUUAACAAGAUAAAUCUCAAAUCAAUGUAGCUAUAGUUUAAAAGUAUUUCCGGAAAGUUAAAGAUUGAGAAUCUAACAUUGAAACAAAUGGGUGCUAUAAAACCUGGAAAGUACGAAGUAACACGCAGUUUAUGAAACUACGUGUGCAUAUUAUACAAUGGUGCUAUUCUUUAUGAUAUAUUCAAUAUAAACUACAUUCGAAUUAUAUUUUUCUUAUUUAAAUAUAUCGAGAGGCGAGUUCCAUCCGGAAAGCGCGUGAAAACAAGGUUGACAAAUGUUAUCGAUAAGAUUCAGCGAAUAACGCAGAUUCAUUGUUAUAACUUUAAUGCGAUUAUAAAUUAUAACAUAAAUAAACGCUU